AUGGAGGGCUCGUCUGCGGACGACCUAGAGAGAAAGAAAGCAACUUCAGAUGGCCAGUCCGCCCCUACCGGUACCGAGGUGGGCCGAUCGGAGUGGCCCAACCGGCCCACUUCGGCAGAGGAUGUGCUGAUUCCCACAGUAGCUCAGAAUCAGUUUGACAGACAGGAUCUUUGCUCGAGCCAGCGAGGCGUGCAGGGAGGCAGCCAGACAGAGGUGUGUCACAGUCCUCUCGUAUCCAAUCUGCUGCCAUCGUCCUUCAGAAGCUCCUCACAGUUGUCGGGCAGCCACGGCCCGGGGUUUGCUAAACUGAACCGGAGAGAAGGAGCUGGAGGCUGGUCUCCUCUGAGCUCGGACAGAUAUCAGUGGCUGCAGGUGGACCUCGGGGAGCGGACACACAUCACCGCUGUUUCCACGCAGGGUCGCUACGGCAGCUCUGAUUGGCUGACGGCCUACCUGCUGAUGUUCAGCGACACGGGACACAACUGGAGACAGUACCGGCAGGAAGACAGUAUUGGGGCCUUCCCAGGGAACAGUAAUGCAGACAGUGUGGUGCAACAUAAGCUCCAGCAGCCGGUUAUCGGCCGCUACGUCCGCCUGACCCCGCUGGACUGGAACCCCAACGGACGCAUCGGACUCAGACUGGAGACCUUCGGAUGUCCUUACAACUCUGACGUGGUGAGUUUUGACGGCCGCAGCAGUCUCCUCUACAGGCUGAUCCCCAGGCCGAGGCAGGCGACCAGAGAAAGCCUCUCUCUGAGUUUUAAAGCUCUGAGUGACUCGGGGACUCUGCUUCACGCUGAGGGACGGAGCGAACACAGCCUCAGUCUGCAGCUUCAGAAAGGAAGACUCCUCCUGACGCUGCGGAGAGGCAGGAGCUCCUCCCCUGACAGCCAGCACAUGGUGUCUGUGGGCAGCCUGCUGGACGACCAGCACUGGCACCAGGUCACCGUGGAGCACCACAGCACCCACCUCAACCUCACCGUGGACAAGAACACUCUGUGGGUGCAGAUCCCUCCAAGACUCACCCGCUGGGACCAUGACCAGAUGAGUGUGGGAGCAGACCAGGCUCUCGGCUCUCAGAGGUCGAUCAACAGACAUUUCCACGGCUGUUUGGAAAACCUGGAGUACAACGGCGUGAACAUGAUAGACCUCGCCAAGCAGAGAGACCAUCGCAUCACUCUGAAGGGCAACGUGACCUUCUCCUGUGAUGAACCCGUUUUUGUUGCGAUGACGUUCACCAGUCCCCAAAGCUUCCUCUGGUUACCGAGGAUGAGUGAACGGUCUUCAUCGAGCAUGACGGUGGGGUUUCAGUUUCGGACGUGGAACGAGGAGGGGCUGCUGCUGACCUUUGACCUCCCGAAGCAAGGAGGGGCGGUCUGGCUGUACCUGAGUAAAACCCGGCUUCAUCUACAGAUCCACACAUCUGGGAGAGCGCCACUGGAGCUCAGUGCAGGAUCAGCUCUGGAUGACGGUCAGUGGCACUCUGUGGAGCUGACCUCCAGACGAGGACAUCUCUCCGUCUCUGUGGACGGGUGGGAAGGAGACACGGCCAACGCCAGCCCCCCGUUUCCUGUUUCCACUGACGGUCAACUCUUCUUUGGUGGUUGUCCUUCUGAGGGGAGCAGCGAUCAGUGUGUGAACCCCUUCAAGGCUUUCCAGGGCUGCAUGCGUCUCCUGACUGUCGACAACCAGCCUGUGGACCUAAAAAAGGUGCAGCAAAGGCUGAUGGGAAACUACAGUCACCUGCAGAUCGACAUGUGCGGCAUCAUCGACAGGUGUUCUCUGAGUCACUGUGAGCAUGGAGGCAGCUGCAGUCAGUCCUGGAGCUCCUUCCACUGUAACUGCUCCGACACGGGGUACAGCGGAGCCACCUGUCACAGCUCGAUAUACGAGCAGUCCUGUGAGGCGUACAAACACAGAGGAAACACGUCUGGGUUUUAUUACAUUGAUGUUGACGGCAGCGGGCCCAUCAGACCACAGCUGAUAUACUGCAACAUGACAGAGGACCAGACGUGGACGGUGAUCCAACACAACAACACAGAUCUGACGAGGGUCCGACCGUCGCCGGGGAAAAAUCAGCACUCAGCUCACUUUGAAUACACGGCUGAAGAGGAGCAGCUGACUGCCAUCAUCAGCCAAUCAGAGCACUGCGAACAGGAAGUGAUCUACCUCUGCAGGAAGUCCCGCCUCCUCAACACACCAGACGGCCCUCUGCUCAGCUGGUGGGUGGGGGGUCCGGGUGGAGGACAGGUGCAGACGUAUUGGGGCGGAGCUCCAGCAGGAAGUCAGCAGUGUGCCUGUGGUCUGCAGCAGAACUGUGUGGACCCCAAACACUACUGCAACUGUGACGCUGGACGCACUCACUGGGCGAAUGACUCGGGGCUGCUGACCCAUAAGGAGACCCUCCCGGUCCGCUCUCUGGUUCUUGGAGACGUCCACAGACCGGGCUCAGAGAGCGCCUUCAGGGUCGGGCCCCUGCGCUGCCACGGGGACAAAAAUGUCUGGAAUGCUGCGUUUUUCGACAAGGAGACGUCGUACCUCCACUUUCCCACAUUCCACGCAGAGCUGAGUGCAGACGUCUCCUUCCUGUUUAAAACCACCUCAUCCUCCGGAGUCUUCCUGGAAAACUUGGGCAUCAAAGACUUCAUCCGGAUCGAACUCAGCUCUUCCUCUGAGGUGGUGUUCUCCUUCGACGUGGGGAACGGUCCUCUGGAGGUUCGUGUGCAGGCCGACUCUCCGCUGAAUGAUAACCGGUGGCACCGCAUCCGCGCCGAGCGAAACGUUAAAGAGGCGUCGCUGCGCCUCGACGAGCUGCCGGCUGCCACUCAGGAGGCGCCGGCUGACGGGCACAUCCACCUGCAGCUCAACAGCCAGCUAUUUAUAGGGGGCACAGCGUCCAGGCAGAAGGGUUUUCGGGGGUGUAUUCGCUCUCUGCAGCUGAACGGGGUCACCCUGGAUCUGGAUCAGAGGGCGAGGAUCACCCCCGGGGUCCAGGCCGGGUGUCCGGGUCACUGCAGCAGCUACGGCUCGCUCUGUAAGAACCAGGGUCGCUGUGUGGAGAGAGCGCUCAGCUUCUCCUGCGACUGCUCCUCCUCUGCCUUCACCGGAGCCUUCUGCCACACAGAGGUUUCAGCCAGCUUCAAGUCGGGAACAUCCGUCAGCUACACCUUCAGGGAGUCGGUGUUGAACGGCAGCUCCGUUUCCUCUGACUUCACCCUGAGAGGAGAGAACAUCUCCCUGAGCUUCAGGACGAGUCAGAGUCCGGCUCUGCUUCUCUUCGUCAGCUCCUUCCACAGAGAGUACCUCGCUGUGCUGCUCAACAAGCACGACAAGCUGGAGGUGCGCUACAGGCUGGACGGCAGCAGAGAGGCAGAGAUCCUGAGGAGCAAAGUGAGGAACCUCAACAACGCACAGCUUCAUGCUGUCAGCAUCAGCAGGAGGGCAGACGCUGUCUCUCUGCAGAUUGACCAGAACACCAGAGAGGACUUCAAUCUGACGUCGGAUGCAGAACUGAACGGCCUCCGGUCUCUAGUGCUCGGCAGAGUGCCAGACUCUGUUGAGUUGGACCCAGAGAUGUCUCGUCUCUCCUCUCUGGGCUUCACAGGCUGUCUGUCGGCCGUCCUCUUUAACUCCGUCAGCCCUCUGAAAGCCGCUCUGCUCCACCCGGACCUCGUCACCGGCCCUCUGCUCCCGAACACAUGUGGCUCCACUUCAGCCAAUCCCUACGCAGCAGAAACCACACACCACCUGUCAGGUCAGUCCGGAUCAGUGGGAGCAGGUCAGCCUCUGGUGAACGCCAUGAGGAGCGACUCGGCUCUGAUUGGAGGCGUGAUCGCGGUGGUGAUCUUUGUGACCGUGUCAGCGUUAGCCGUGACGGCCCGAGUCCUCUACAGGCGGAAAGGGACGUGCCAGAACCAGGAAGUGAAGCCUGAGGACAGCCUGCAGGGCGGUGUGCAGAGCGAGAACCAGAGAGAAUAUUACAUUUAGGAGGAGCUUUGACCCAGACAGACCGAUGCCUUGUCAAGCCUCAGUGCUUUACAGACUGAC